UUCGAGCAACAGAUGAAGGUGGUUUAGGUGUAUCAAGUUAUGCACCCAUUAGUAUUAAAGUCGUCGAUAUAAAUAAUAAUGCACCAAUACCAACGAAUUCACCUUGGAUAUUAAAUGAAAGUGAAAUAAAUCCAAGUACUACAGUAAUUUUUACUGAUUAUGAUGAUCCAGCACAAAAUAAUACGAUACCAUUUCGUGUUGAAAUUUUAAGUCCAUCAGGUUUUACAUUAUCUGGUCCAACAUUAAAUUAUGAUGGAAGAUAUCAAUUAACAUAUAAUGGUAUUUUAAAUCGUACAAUAACAAAAAAUUUAACUGUUACAUUUAAUGCAAGUGAUAAUAAAGGUUAUUCAGCAAUAACAACAAUACCAAUUAUUGUUGGUGAUAUUUUAAAUACAUAUCCAAUAUCGGAUGGUUUUAAAACAAUAAAUAUACUUUAUGUUAAUGGUUAUAUGAAUUCAUUACGAAAUGUUCCACUUGGUUCAGUUUAUGUUAAUGAUUUAGAUGAUUGGUUUCGUACAAGUCGAACAUAUUCAAUACGUGAUGUUAGUAAUGGACAAUUAUUUAGUGCUUCACAAGGUUUUUUAAGUACACCUGAAGCACUUUAUCCAGGAUCAUAUACAAUACAUGUUGAUGUAACGAAACCUAUAGCAUCAUCAACAGCUUUAAGUACAAUUGAUCUUUCAGUUACGGGUGUUGAUAGUGAAUUUGUUCGAGAAGCAGCAACAAUUCGUAUUCAAGGUGAAUAUCCUGAAACAUUAAUUGAUCUAUCACUUGGUAAUCGUCUUAAUAUACUUCGUAAUGCACUUGCAUCAUUUUUACUUGUUACUACUGAUUCAAUUAUUAUACUUGCUAUACGUCCAGUUUAUCAAUAUCGUAGUCUAUAUUAUCCACCAUUACCAUUUAAUCAAGCUAAAAAACAAGCAUUAACUGAUGUUAUUUUUUAUGUACCAUCAUUAAAGAGAAAUGAUAUUGAAAAUACAUUAAAUAUGAAUCUUCCAUUAUUUUUAUCGCGUUAUGAUAUAAUAGCAAAUGCAAGUGGACCAAAUCCAUGUACAAAUUAUAUUUGUCCAACAAAUACAAUUUGUCGAUCAACACGUGCUAUUCAACCAUUACCUUAUGCAAUUGAUGCAAAUCAAACAUCGUUUGUUGGUAUAAAUAUUGUUGAUUCAGCUGAUUGUGUUAAUUCAACAUAUUCAACAAAUUUUACAAAUACACAAUUUGGAUGUAUUACAUAUACAUUUAAUAAUUCAACAUAUUGUCCAUGUACAUCAUUACAAACAUAUGCACCACUUGGACCAUAUUGUCAAGUACUUGGUAGAACAUUUAAUGAAAAUGGUGGUGGUUAUGCUGUAUAUGAUGGAAGAACUUUUUCAAAUCGUGCACCAACACGUUUUUC